CAAUUUAGCUUUAUUAGACAGCCGUCACUUUUUUACCAUUUUACUAAUAUGACAUUUAAUUGAAUUAGAUUACUAUAGUUAUGUGUACAGUGUACAAACAUAACUAACUUUUUUUGUGCAUUUAAAAAAAUCUUUUAACAUAAUUCUUGACUGGCUGCCUCAUCUAGUGGGAGCAGAGUCCUGCAGGUACACUAAACCCCAGAUGGACUGCAGGCUGCAGACAUCACCCAAAAGAUUUAGAAAGGAAUACAGCAGGUUGGUGACAGGAAGAUCCAUCUAAGAAAGCAUCUAUACUAUUUAUAAAUAGAAUUAUUGAUGCUCAUUUCAGAACAGCAAGUUGAUGUUAUAAAAUUACUAUGUGUUUCGGGGGCAGGCAGAUUUUCUUGUUCUGGAAGUUUGGGCAGGCUUUUUGUGUGCCUUCGGGUCUGUUUUCUUAGUUAUAAAAUAGGGAUGUCAUCCCUGCCUCUCAGGGCAGAAGUGGUGCAUGAAAUAACCAAGCGUCACCCACGGGAGAUACACAACGCUGUUUCUUCUCCCACCAUGGAGCUAAUUCAUGUCAGCCACUCUGGGGAGAAUUUGGGGCUGACCUCGGUUUCCUAUACUUUCAGAAGUCAGGUUUCUAGCCCUUCUAUCGCCACCUCCAGUGCCAAUCGCCAGCUGAUGAUGCUGGAAGGGAAGUCGGGACCCUACUUUUCAUCUCUGGACUCUAGCAUUGAGAUCCUGAAGAAGAGGGCCCAGGAGCUGAUCGAAAACAUCAAUGAGAGCAGGCAGAAGGACCAUGCACUCAUGACCAACUUCAGGGACAGCCUCAAGAUCAAGGUUUCAGAUCUGACAGAGAAGCUAGAGGAGAGGAUGUAUCAACUUUAUAAUCACCACAACAAGAUCAUUCAGGAAAAGCUCCAAGAGUUCACCCAGAAAAUGGCAAAGAUCAGCCAUUUGGAAACAGAGCUCAAACAAGUGUGCCACACUGUGGAGACCGUGUACAAAGACUUCCAAGACCUGUGUGUCCAGCCAGAGGCUACUACUUUGGAAGAAGAACAAGCCCAUAAAGAUGGCGAAUGCUGACAGCUUCUGAGAGAGUUACCUCUUAGUGACAGCCACCAAGAGAAGGCUCAGAGGCCACCAUUCUGGCCACACUGAGAAAAUUGUUUUUCACAGUUCUAUAAUGCAUCUUAGAAAAAACAAAACAAAAAGCUUGUGCCAGACCCAAAGGCAGGGAGUCCAGCCACCAUCAUGGGCCCAGAUUUGGUGUCCCCAACAUGUGGCAAAUUUACCCCACCCCAGCCCUGCACAGUUCAUUAAACAUUUGAUUUUCAACCCA